AUGAUCUGGGCCCCGUAUGCGACCACCAAGGCUCAGUGGAUCGCCAACAAGGUCCUCCAGGGAUUUGUGGGAGCUCCUAUCGAAUCUCUCUGCGAGAUCUCAGUCUCUGACGUUUACUUUACCCAUGAGAGGGGGACUUACCUAGGUGUCUAUUCAUUUGCUCUUCUGGGCAGCAACUUCUUUGCUCCCCUUAUUUCUGGCUUUAUCAAUGACGGCCAGGGGUGGAAAUGGGUCUUGUUCUGGUGCGCCAUAUUCUGCGGCGGUGGCUUCAUCAUCUGUUUCCUCUUCAUGGAAGAAACCAAUUAUAUUCGUGCGCCGUUGAUCGUGACCGAGGCCGAAGAGUGCCGGGGGGGAGACGAGGCGGCUGGUGGCGCCGCGGCAGAAACAAAGGACACCGCAGGAGGGGAGAAGGAGACGAAGCAGACGGCGGCCUCCCCGUGCAGCGGAUCAGACGUGGAGGGCAACACAGAGGCGCUCCCCCUGCGCUCGACAAAGACUUGGCGGCAGAAGAUGAGGCUCUACGCAUCCGAGCACGGCGCGACCAACUCGCAGAUCCUAGGCAUGGUCACCCGCCCGCUAGUCCUCUUUACGUUCCCCGCCGUCCUCUUCUCCGGCUUCAUGUACGGUUCCGUGCUGUGCUACUUCAAUGUCCUCAACGGCACCGCAUCGCUCGUCUUGUCCGAGCCCCCGUACAGCUUCUCGUCCAGUAUGGUCGGGCUCACGUAUAUUUCCUGCAUCGCAGGCACCGUCAUCGGGACCCUCUACUCCGGUAUACUUGGCGACAGGCUGCUCCUGUGGAAGGCCCGACGCAACCGUGGCGUCAUGGAGGCCGAGCACCGCCUGUGGCUCUACGCCAGCCUCCUCGUCGCCACCCCCGCAGGGCUUAUCCUCUGGGGCGUCGGGGCCGCUCACGAGGUGCACUGGUUCGGCCCCGUCUUCGCCAUGGCCAUGCUUGGCGCAUCCUGCGUCGUCGGGUGCCAGGUGCCCAUCGCGUACUGCAUCGACGCCUACAAGGACCUCAGCGCUGACGCCAUGGUGACGGUCAUCUGCAUACGGAACACCAUGAGCUUUGCCAUAGGAUAUGGAAUAACGCCUUGGGUGACCAACAUGGGCUACCAGAAUGCCUUCAUCGUAUGCGCCUUCGCGAGUCUGGCACAGCUAUCUCUAUUCCUGGUCUUCAUCAAGUGGGGGAAGAGGUUGCGUGAGGCCAGCAGGCCGAGGUACCUGAAGUUUCUCGAGGACGUGGAGAAGGAGGGCAACUCCCAUUAG